CUCUAUUACAAUUAAUUAUCUUUGGAAGUAACCAUAAAGUUCCCACUACAUCGGUGUACUACACUCUACACUACAGCGGUGGCAGCAUGGUUCCAUUUUUAUCACUUCUCACUAUGCCCGUCACUUUCGCGCUUACAUACUUGUUAGAACGUGACAGGCAUGGUGACAAAACAAAUGAUAAAGAGCCGACCAUCUUAGCCCUAGCAUUUUAGCGGUUUUGGUACCAAAACGCUUAUUUUAUUUUCGUAGUCGACAUCUAGCAUCGAGUCAGCUACUUGACAAAAUUUUUCAACAAUUUACAACUAAUAUAUUACAAGCAGAAGGAGUUGAAAAUAGAGUCCCGGUUAAUCCGGUUAUAAUAUUAACUGAAAAUUGUUGAGCGUUAGACUUUUCUAUCGUUGCAGUAUCUAUUGUCAAGUAGCAGUACUGAUAAUUACGCUACUCGAUGCUAGAAGUACGAAAAUAAUAAGAUUAAUAAGCGUUUUGGUACCAAAACUGUAAGAUGUAUUGAGUGAGCACGCUAUGUUUACUUCUUAUUUCUCUAUGCAGAUGUACGAUCCUAGGUAUUUGACAUCGAGAUCAUUGCAAUAUAUGAGCCAGAAUAAGUUUUAUCUGGUGCAAAUUGUGACUUGGUAUGAAAUAGAGUAAGUAUAAAGCAAAAAGUAAAGUAAAGAUUGAGUAAGUAUAUAAAACUAAUACCUACACUCUGCAAAAUGCCCUCUGGCUCACACUAGAACUAUGUUAAUGUAACUACUAGUAGGUAUUUCUUUAGAUAUCAUUGCCCCAUGUACGUUGACACAGUUCCAUAUUGGCUUGAUGUUGGUCCAGGAUUUCAAAGGCUCCCGCCUGUAUUAGUAGGUUUAAGGAAUUUUGCCAAUAUCAAGCCGUUAUAUUGCGAGAAACGAAGAUAAAUCUUUUUUAAUGGAAGCAAAUUGCAUAUGGGAAAUAAUCAUUUAAGGCCUGACCAGUAAUAUAUGAUCACGCCCGAUUUUGCGGAAUGUCCCUGGAACUAAAUUUCUCAUACUGAACUGAACAUGAGAAUAAAAGCGCCCUCUUGACAAUGAUCAUAUAUUUAAUUUAGUAUGAAACAGUGCUGCCAUCUAUAGGUCUACAGGACCUGUAACUCUCAUCUAUCAUCUAGCCUAUACAAUGAAUGCCGGCCUUUAGUAUUUAUUUUUCCUGGCACCAUUUUUACAAAACGUCACUGUCAGAGAAUCGACCUAACCAACGACAACAAACGUGCUGUAAAAAGCCAAAAAAGAGCCGAAAUAUCUUCUUUCACCCUAAAAAAAGAGGGCUCUUUAAAUGAAAAAUGGCGGGCCGGCCACAGCACAUGCAUGACGGUGGAAUCGUUGAGCGCCGGUUGCGUCCUAUUUACGAUUGGUUGGACAAUGGGAAUAACAAGAAGGCCCUCCAGGAGGCGGAGAAGGUGCUUAAAAAGAGUCCUACGCUCCAAGCGGCGCGCGCUCUGAAGGCCCUGUCGCUUUUUAGGUUAGGAAAAUCGCCGGAGGCUCACUCGGUACUGGAGGCGCUGGCGGAGGAGAAACCUAGCGACGAUACCACGCUGCAGGCCAUGACGAUAUGCUACAGGGAAUGCCAGCAAUUGCAAAAAGUAUGCUCCCUCUACGAAGCCGCAGUGAAAGUGGAUCCGACUAGCGAAGAGCUGCACUCCCACCUGUUCAUGUCCUAUGUCCGCGUCGGGGACUACCGGGCGCAGCAGCGGGCCGCCAUGACGCUAUACAAGUUUGCACCUAAGAACCCGUACUACUUUUGGGCUGUCAUGAGCAUUGUUUUGCAGGCCAAAGAAUCCGACGACGUUACCAAACGCGGCAUCCUCCUCGCCCUGGCCCAACGAAUGGUCGACAACUUCAUCUCCGAAAACAAAAUGGAGGCCGAGCAAGAAGCUCGCCUGUACAUCAUGAUCCUAGAGCUUCAGGAGAAGUGGGAGGACAUCUUGAAGUUCAUAGAGAGCCCGCUUUAUGAUAAGCUGCUUCCUGGAGCCAUUACCCAGGCGGUUAUACCAUAUUUGAAGAAGCUUAAGAGGUGGAAGCCGCUGAAUCUUUUAUGCAAGGAGCUGUUGUAUGAUAAUCCAGAUAGGUGGGAUUACUACGUCCCAUACUUCGAAUCAGUGUUCCAUCUGAUGAAGGAAUCUGAUAAGAGUGACCGAUGUGACGAUACUGCGGAGAAGUGCCACGAGUUCAUCUGUCAGUUGGUGGAGGGCAUGGGAUCGGGCAGGGUGUUACGGGGGCCUUAUUUAGCGAGACUGGAGCUUUGGAAGAGACUAGCGGUUGAUGGGAAUCCUACUGAGCUUUUAGGUAGCGGCGUAGCGCUGUGCGUGCAAUAUUUACGAGUGUUCGCCAACAAACCGUGCGCGGUGCCAGACCUGCGGCCCUAUCUGGAAAUGAUCCCGCAGGACGAACGCGAGCAGCACUGCCGAGAUUUUCUUACGUGUUUAGGCUUUGACGAGGACAGUGAGCCUACCACGCCCGACGACAUCCAACGCCACAUCUCGUGCCUGUCGCUGUGGCGGCUGACGGCCGCCCCGCUGCCCGCGGCGGCCUGCUUGUCGCUGGCCGCCCGGCUGCGCGCGCACUACCUCAGAGCCAACUCCGACGGGUACGCGAUACUGGCCGCCCACCAUUACAUCUACGCUGCGAUCGAGUUACAAAGCUCAGAGCCUGUGGUGGAAGCUCUAUGUCUUCUAGAGCUGGUGCUGCACCGCUCGCCAGCUAACUUCCACGUCAAGCUACUGCUUAUCACCCUCUACCAUCUCUUAGGUAACGCGUUGGCGGCGGACAGCAUCUACCAACGUUUAGAAGUGAAGCAUAUUCAACUAAUCUCGCUCGGCUGGCUGCACUGCGCGCGACUCGCGGGCGCCGCGGCCUGCGCGCGGGCGCUGCAGCUGCUCGCCGACACCCGGGCCUUCCGCGACCAUCAGCAGAAAGACAGCGUAGAACACUUGACAUACGCGUACAAAUACGGAACAUUCGAGAAGCUAGUGGAACUCGGGCGCUGGAACUCGGUGCUGCUUGGCUGCGCGUGGGGCUGCCUGGCGGCGCGGCAGCGCGCGCUGCUGGCGCUGCUGGCCGGCCCGCCCGCGCCGCUGCACGCGCCCGCCGUGCUGCCCGAGGAGCCUGUGGACAACCGUGACCUGAGCGUGAUAGUCAGCUACGACCCGCCACAAUGCCAAGACCCGGACCUGAGAGCUAAAACCUUUGAGGAGGACCUCGCGUACCUGAGGCUCAAGGACGGCCUGGUGUCCUCCAUAGCGCUGUGCAUAGAGCUGGCUGACGGCAGACCGGUUCACGAGAAAAAGGCUCACUACGAGGAGUUGACGGCGUGUGUGGGGGCCUUUAGCGACGCGAUGGCCAAGUGUCGAGACCUGUACGGCGGCCGGCGGCGGUGGCGGGUCUCCGAACCCUUCCCUAGCAGAAUUAUCGCAUUCGUAUCAUCUCCCGUACCAUACCGGGAACUGUACUCGUGCGCACUAACGCUAGUAGGCGAGCUGGCAACGUCGCACACGGCGCGCGCGCACGCGCUAGCGGAGGAAGCUGCGCGGGGAGUACGCGCCGCGAGUCCAAAACUGAAGACAGUAGUGCCCAGGGAGGGUUGGGGCAUGAGGGAGGCUAUGGAACACCUUAGUGUCUACUUAGAGUUCAUAGGCAUAAUCACCUUCCUCCUCGGUGUCUGCAACGAGCUGUCGACGCCGACCAACACCAAAAAAUCCAAAAAGAAAACCAACCAGUCCCCCGACGAGCUCCGGACUUCAGAACUGCUCUCCGACCUCAACCAAUCCGUGCAGGACUCCAUCUCGGACAUCGAACAAAUCAUAGAAGACUGGCCAAAAUAUACAUUUAACUCAACGCUAGAACAAGAAUUAAAUAAACUUUCACUAGACAAAUAUCAAUGCCCGGUUCAAAAUAAACUUAAUAGUGGACUGAAAGAUGUUUUGAGCGAUCUGGGGAAUAUACUUAAGAAAAAAGUGAAGUAUUUGAAGAGUCUGCAGUGAUGUGAUAAGCAUAUCUGUUAUAUUGAUAUUAUCUAGGGCGAUGUGAUUGAAUUGUGCAUAGUUUAUGGUAAGAUCCAUAGAAAAUGUCAUUACUGGCAAGUGCAGGCAACGAGCAUGUGAUAACCCUGUAGGUGCAAACACCCUUAGUCUAUGGCAAUUGCUUAACAUCACGCGACUUUUUUCCUGCGGGUGUUUCCUGUAACACGAGCAAAUAAUUAAACCAUAUCCAUUAUUAUUAAACCAUUGGACUCCUAAAACGAUAUAACUUUUGAUUAACAACUUUUAAAAAUGAUGAAAUUUAUCUUGUUCAUACAAAUUUAAUAUUAUUUUCAAUAUACGCUGACAUCAGUGUGUUUGAUGUUGCUUGUCACGCUUUAAACGUAAUUAAAUUCGCAAUACAUUAUCUUAGAAUUAACUUCAAUGUAUAGUAAAAAUUAAAACACGUUAUUUUUAAAAGUUGCUGAACAAAUGUUGGUCAGUUUGAGGAGUACAGCCUACAGUUUAAUUUAUUGCUCCUGUUACAGGAAACACCCGGUAUACCUUAUUGUUUCAAAAUUGCAUGUUACAAAUAUUAACACUUUAAUGGUUAGACCACUUUAAUGGUCAAUAGUUCCCACUAAGUCGUAAAGACAGAUAGGUAAUGCGUCGUGUCCUGUAUAUUUAUAUGGAGGUGUUCACACGACAGACGACACAAAAACGGUGAUCGUCCUUUCGUGGCUUGAAUAUUUAAACGGAUGUGUUCACAUACAGGGCGGUAUGAUUACUGUCGUUACGACAGUGGGAACGCGGCCUUAAACUAGAAAUAAAUAUGGUAAACUCCAUAUAUUAAAUGUAUGAAGAGUGUCCAUAAAGUGACUGUUUUAAUAUAUUUUCCAUGGACUUUACUAUAGUUACAUCUCUACACUUUAGAUCACUGGCUUCGUGUUUGCCAAAUAUCAAGCUGAAAAUACAAAUGACAGAAAUAAAAAAUAAGGGCAUGUUCAUAUUUCGGUUCAAAUCGGACGUGAUAUAUGGCGUAGCAAGUGUGAACUAGCUCUAUCUACGUGACGUCAGAUAGAGAUGGCUCUAUCCAUUUGUGCAUUACUUGUAUGCAUGGACGUAUCGCACCAUGUAAGUACUCUGUAGUAAAAGCGAUGGACAGAAAGAGUUAACCACUUGGACCCCAAGGGGACCUAAAAACGUAAGUAAUCGUGCUUACUCUAUAACAUUUAUAAGCAAGCGCCGAGCACGCGUGCACGCUCGACGCUGACGCCGGCCGCUAUACCGCAGAAUAUAAAUAAUAGUACCAAAGAUACAUUAAGAUGCGUAAAAUCUAAGAGAAUUUCUUUCUGCUGAUUUGACAGGUAACGAGAUGGCGCUGUACAGCUCCAUACAUUUUGCGUAUGGAAGGUGGAGGUAAGGAAUUAAAUCUCCAUGUACCAAAAAAUGUCAUCAAAAAACAAUAAAUAGGUGGCGCCACAAUACCUAGAAUACUUGAAAAAAAUAUCUAAUUAGAGACAGCGCACGUCACUCCAUCAAUAACGCCUUAGGUUCUUAGCUACUCUAGCGCUACUCUGGAGAGAUUUGGAACUAUUAUUUAUAGCUGACAGCUGGACAUUUUUGCAACAGUUUUACCAUAAAAGAUUUCACUCCUUUUAAUUCCGCUACGGAUACUGCUUACCAUCAGGCAGGCCGUAUGCUUGUUUGCCACCGACGUAGUAUAAAAAAAAUAUAUUCCACACUCCAUACAGUGACCGCCAAACAUAUGGCGCAGUACAGCGCCAUCUGUUUAAGAUGUCAAACUAAGGGGAGCAUUUAUUUCUUAGACUUUACCUCUCUAUUACAAUCAGUUAUCUUUGGUACUAGCCAUACUUUGAUUAAAACGACUUUAAGCCUAGUAUGAACGUGCCCUAAUUCAGUGUAGAUGGUGUAGAUUGUACGUGUAGAUGUCGGCGGCCGAUCGUAAGAUCAGGCAGAUCGUGAUGUUUUGAUGGUAGUCACAUUAAACCAAUAAAUUGGUAGGAUAGAUUCGUCAGGUUGCUCCAGGUGCCCGAAGGGCAAGCUUUCCGGACAUAGGGACUCGGGGAACGAGACAAAUAUUUUCACGUUUCACGAUAUGCCUGAAAGUCCCAAUCCGCCUGAUCUUACGAUCCGCCGCCGACAUAGAGUAUUAUGCUCGUGUCACUCGCCUAUUUUAUUCUAGUUCGAUCGAGUGAGAGGCUGAUCGUGUAAAUAACGUAAUUUUAUGUUUUUAUAUGGCUAUUAUUUACUAAAAUAUACACGCUGGCCGUUACAUCUUUGGACCUAAUGUGUUGAACAUGUUAGCCCUCUCGGUCUUUAAAUUUACAUGUAUUUUAACUCCAUUUUAACCUUGAAUAAAUUGACAAUGGUCUAUCAAAAAAUGAGUUUUUAAAAUACGUUCGUAAAUAAAAUACCUUAUUUACUGUUUAUUUUUGUUUUUCACUGUAUUAGUAAAAAAAAUGAAAUAUAUGAGCUUGCAUAAUACGAUACUCUACAACGAUUUUAUGCUGCAUAGAUAUAUUUUUGCAAUUUUAUCAUAAUAUUUAAAAAAUGGGUUUUUAAGGCGCGUCUUCACUAUGUACGUCAAUAGGUCCACACAGAGCGAGCAUACGCGCGAGGAAAUUGCCUCGCGCGUAUGCUCGCUCUGUGUGGACCCACCUAUUUAUUUAAACUUCACGAGUCCUUGACAAGAACUGAUUUAUUAAAACAUAGGGUACAACCCGAAUCUUAUAGAUACCCAUAACAUCUCCAAAAGGAAUUUCAUAUCUCUUAUUUAGUAUACUAUUAAGUAAAGAAGUCGCGACCCAAAGUGAUCCAGAUUUUUCUUUUUAUUAUGUAACACAAAUAUAUUAUGACAAAUGGUAUAAAAAUUAUGUACGUAGAAAUUUACUGUGAAAAGAAAUGCCAUAAACAAUUGAAUUUGAUUUAAUUGAACUUGAAAUAAAUUUAAAAAUACUUGUAUGAAAGAAUCUUCAGCGCUCAUUAACAGUAAAAAUCCAAGAAUUGCAAUAAGUUUUGUAUAAAAUCAGAACACAAGAUGUAAUGAUAUUAUGAUAUCCACUUUGCAUUUAUAAUGGCAUUUAUUUUAUUGCUCAAGAGUUAGAUAUAAUGCGUCCUUUAGUUUGUGAUUGACAUAUACAUUUGAUUUUCUACCGUCCUGUGGCUCUAAUGAGAAGGGGUACAAGUCUCUCGCAGCUCAGAUAAAAAAGGGUACAAGUGUUAUAUAGGUUUUAACCUGCGCUGCGCGAUACUUGUACAACCAGCAUCAAAAGUAGCAGAUCAGAUUACUCGCCCAAAGUAUCGUCAGUUUCCAAUAGCUUAGCCUUUUAAACGCCAGGCAGCAUGAAUUUGCCAUGCCCCGGACGCCAGGCGAUCGCCAUUAUUUAAGCGAAAUUAAACUUUACCGAGUCUCGCGUAAGUCCCUAUUGCAUUGGCAAAGCUGUAGCCGUCGUUGGCGUUCUUGCCGAGACUCCGAUGACGGCCACAGCCGACUGUGGCGGGCAAAAGGUUAACAAUAAGAAUCAUAUCUUGGGUUGUGUUUAUAUAUAGAUCAAUUAGACUAGCUAGAAAUACUUUUGAACGCGCACUGUAGAGAUUUCUGUUAUCUCUAAUAUUGCAAAAAUAUUCGGGGAUGGCAGAUACUUUUGGCGCGUUGUUUCAGUCAGUACUAUUGAUGUUGACUGUACCCCUUUUCACUACAGCCACAAUCAUAACCUCGUAAGGCUUAAGGUCCUACCUAUAGGACUUAUUCAGAUUGUAUUCAAUUGGAACAGACUUGAAUUUGUUGUUUCGUUCAAUUUUCAAACAAAAUAAUAUCAACUGUAUUCCAUGCAAAUAGGUUCAAAAUCCAGUGGCCAAUUUAGGAUUUUUCAUUUAUAUGACUGGACCUUAGAUAAUAUUACCUUAUUGGGUGGGCAGCAUGGUUUAAAUAUCAACUUCAUUUUGCUUUAAUUAACACAUUCACUGCCAGACAAAAAACGGCGCACUACCCCAGAAACCGGUGGUCUAUAGCUGCGUACAAAACAACCCGCCCAGCGGGUUGUCCGGCAUCUGAACAAAGUUCACGAGCGCCCACCAGGUGGGUUCCCGGCAGUGAAUGUGUUAAGGUAGAAAAAUCAUCUGUCAAUCACAAAGUACAUUUAAAACAUCUGUAAAAUUCGCUUAUUAUCUAUCCUGUAGAAUUUACAGUAUACGGAACAUGAAUUUACUUCGCAAGAUUAUUUGUAUGUCUAUGUAUUUAUGUCAAUCUCUUCAAUAUCCAAGUAAAUGUGAAUCUUAAAACAAUGUCAAUAAGAUUUAUCCUAUACGUAGUGGAAUUUCCUGUAUGCCUUCCGAUAUCGCGUUGUGGAUACGUUGAGUGGAUAUUACAGUUUUGUAUGUAAUUAUAAUUUACACAGUC